UCGCACCAAGACAAAUCGAGUCAGUUUUGCUAUUAAAAAUGGUGUCUGCGAUAUCAAUAACAGCCCUGCUUAUAUUGGGGUUGGGAGUGCUAAUGUUCACGAAGGUUAGACCCUUACUGGAAGUUCCUCCAAUACCAAAAAUCGAAGAAACCUGGUGGGGACCAGGUCAACCAGGAAAAAGUGUCGACACCAGUAUCAGACCUUUCAAAAUCAAUGUACCAGAUGAGGUUAUUCGUGAUCUGCAUAGACGACUAGAUUCCACCCUACCCUUCCAACCCCCACUCGAAGGGUCAAAACAGCACUAUGGCAUGAACACCGACCUUCUCAAAAACAUCACCGAAUUUUGGAAAACCAAAUACGACUGGAGAGAACGAGAAACCUUCCUCAAUCGGUACCCACAGUUCAAAGUCAACGUUCAAGGUUUAAACAUUCACUAUAUCCAUGUGAAACCUGCGCCUGAGCAAACCAGUAAAGGAGUGAGAGUACUACCCCUUUUGCUCCUGCACGGUUGGCCGGAGUCUGUCAGCCAGUUUAACGAAAUCAUUCCUCUCCUUACAACUGCCCAAAAGGGCAAAGACUUUGUUUUCGAGGUCAUAGCCCCUUCUUUGCCUGGUUUCGGAUUCUCCGAUGCAGCCAUCAGACCAGGCCUGGGGGCCAUACAAAUGGCAAUUGUGAUGAAGAAUUUGAUGGAAAGAAUAGGGAUCAACAGAUACUACGUUCAAGGUGGUGAUUGGGGAGGAGCCAUAGUACGAGCUAUGGCGGUUUUGCAUUCAGACAAGCUCCUGGGGGUACAUUCGAGCAUGUGCUUCUCUAACUCGCCACUGUCAUAUUUGAAACUUCUUGUCUACAGUUUUUACCCCUCUUGGAUUGUGGACAAGGGGCACGAAGAUUUGGUGUACCCUCUGACCGACUUGUUGAUGAGAUCGCUUCUGGAAACGGGGUAUAUGCAUAUACAAAUUACCAAACCAGACACAGUGGGAGUGGCUUUGCGUGAGAGUCCAGUUGGGUUGGCAGCUUACAUUUUGGAAAAAUUCACCACUUUGACUAACCCAUCCUGGAAAGACUUGGAAGAUGGCGGUCUUCAUAAAAAAUUCACCAUCACCAAGCUCUUGGACAACAUCAUGAUAUACUGGGUGACCAGAUCCAUAACGACGUCUAUGAGGCUGUACUCGGAAACGUUCAAUAAAACCCAUAUGAGCAUGAAACUCGAUAGAAUUCCGAUUACAAAAGUACCAACUGGUUGCGCCAGAUUUCGCCACGAUCUGUGGUACAUGCCGGAAACCAUUUUGAGAGACAAGUACGCCAAUAUGGUGCACCUCAGGGACUACGAUGCCGGCCAUUUUGCUGCGUUUGAAGUCCCAGAUACUUUGUCACGUGACGUUUUCGAUUUCGUAGAGACAGUUGAAGAACUUAAUAGGGCUUAAAAACGAUGAUGCGUGUUUUUGUAAUAAAUAUACUUGUAUUUUGAU